AUGAGCCCAGCGAGUUUCUCGAUCACAAGCUCACUGUGCGGCUUUAUCACCCAGUGCCGCGGAGCCGAGACCCGCAUCACGAGCCUAUGCGAAGAGCUAGAAAGCCUGACUUCAGGCCUCGAGGCCAUAGACCGCACGCUCAAGGGGCGUAACGCGCUUGACCUGGCUCUUGUUGAAGACGACCUAUGGAAGCAGUGCGAGCUCGCCCUAGACGACUGCCACGUCACCUUGAACUCACUCGGGGUCCUGGUGCAGAAGAUCAAGGAGACGGUGCGAGUGAAGCCAUGGGCGUGGCGGGUAAAGGCCGUGGUGAACCUAAACGUGUACGGCAGCGACCUAGCGGCCUUUAGGGACAAAGUGCACAAGUCGAACUGGGCGCUCCAGACUAUGCUCCAGACCAUCAACGUCUCCCUGUCGCUGAGGAAUCAUGCCUCGCAGGAAGCCAUCCUGUUUGAGCUAGACCGCCUCAAGUCGUCCAUAGAGGAGGCCCUGCGAGCAUCCAUCCGUCCCGUAGGGGGCUUCACCCACCGGCCCGCCGACCACUCAGACGCGCGCGUGGCCCGGAAUCUCAGAAAUCUGGCCCAGGCAGCAAGGCACUUCCACGGCGCCGCGAGCUCCACGGCAAGUACCAUCCGCGACGGCUCCCGCGGCGGGGCGCCGUGGCAGGCUUACCCGGGAGCAGACAUUGACGUGAGCCUGAUGGGCGAUCUGCCCUCUUUCAGGAGGGAGCGCGUCGAGGAAUACGUCCGCGAGGGGCGCCGCCAUCGCAGAUCGCUAUCGUCGGGGUUGGCAAGCCCAAGCUUCUCGCCGUCGGGAGAGCAUAUCACUCGGGCGCGGAGAGGGUCGCGUUCUCCCCGCCGCCCGGCAGCCACACUAAGCCCCAGGUCGCUAUCCUUUUCCGGGGCGGUCGAGACCGUCACGGUACCGGGAUCAGUUGCUGCAGUCACUGUCGAGGACGACGAAGAUGAAGACGCCGAGUUUGAGCGACUGUUUCUCGACGGCCUCGAGGAGCUUGCCAAAGACCGCAUCAAGGAGCGUGAUUUUGACAAGGCAAUAGAGUUCCUACAGGAGGCUAUGAAGCGCGAGGUCGGCAGCAAGUCUGACAAUGAGGGCUUCUGCGACCUCCAGGUGCAGCUCGCGCUGUGCUACCUCCUCCAGCGGCGUUGGGAGAUGGCCGAGCCUAUAAUCACCGGAUUGGCGAAGAAUAAGGCAGCCGUGGAUGCUGUCGUCUGCAACUUGCUUCACUCCAUGGCUCUGGUCCACCUGUCGCUCUACCGUUUCGACAGAGCCCUGACUGUCUGCCGGGAGGCACUGCUCGCCAAGAAGAAGCUGCUGAAGAGGGAGAAGAUCCACGCCGAGGACUACGCUCAGACACAGGGCCUGCUCGUCAUGAUAUACGAGAUGAAGGGCGACUGGAUGCACGCCGAGGUCUACCAGUCACAGAUACCGGCCUGUUUCGACUACAAGCACCCCAAGAACGAGGUAGAGUACAUCAUUGCUCAUCCCAGCUUGCUAUCCACCGUCCUCGGCGAUAAUCUCCCCGACUUCUCUGUUCCUCAACCAAGAGCCACGCCAGGCCUGCACGAGCUGGAUGGAUCAGGACCUAAUGAUUAUCCCGUGCCGGAGUCUGCGCCACCGCUCAGGAGGAACCACACCCUCAACGGCGCGUCACCGCUGAAGGUCAAGUUCACGCAGCAGCUAAGAUAUGAAGCCGAUACAAGCAAGAUAGUUUAUUUGCCGGAACCUGCAUCGACAGUGGACAGUUGUCCAGCGUCCAGCUCUGAGACAAGCACCACCGGGGACGCCGACGAUGAAGCUUCCCCGACAACGUCACCGGAGCCAAAGUCACCAGUGAGGCGGCGACUCUCCCGCAUGUUGGGUGGGACAAGAGCCCAGCCACGACAGCCUCGAGCUGCAAAUGUCUCAACACCGCCACCAGAGGAGAGUGCUGAUGUUUCGGCCUUGGCGCCAACCAGACCUGCCCCAAAACAUCGCUGGGUCAACGCGAUGCUUGGGCUUAGGAAGCCCAGAAAACUGCUGCGAAAGGCAUCUCACGACGGUGUUUCCUCGGACAGCGCACUGACAGGCCUGGGAAAGCCAAAAGAGUUCAAGCUGCUGUACAUGGAGCGCAUGACGCCCGAGAACGCCGAUGAUGUGAAGGAUCCCACGUACCGGCGCCAGUACUGGUCACCAGAAAGCAUUGGGCGUUGUGAUACCAACACCCAGGAGAUGAAUGCAGUCAGUGAUGAUGACUCCAGCGACGGGGCGACAAAGCCCACAGCGGCAUUGCCCAAAGAUGAUGCCGAAGAGGGAAACUUUGCGUUCAAGAAUGGUGUCCCUUAUGCUGAUGUGCAAGGGCUCAGGCGUCCUCGUCCACAGCUGGAGCACGUACAGGAACAUGAAGAAAGAGAAGAGGAAGACAACACAGCCCCGGAGGCCACAGAACCGCAACCCAUCGUGGAACUAUCCGCCGAUGGUGUCGAACACCUCGAGCCGCCGAUGCUCUUCGACCCAUAUCUUUGCCGCACCGACAUCGAGGUCAAAGAAUACUGGGACACUGCUAUGCGUGCAAGGCCGAGUGGAGUCAAGGCACGCGACGCGCAACAUGAGAGCCUCUUCCCGGCCCAAAUGGACAUCAGUGUACACGAGGCCAGGAUGUUCUUGAUGAUGGAAGAGCAGCCUCGCGGUCCCACCAGCCCCAAGACGACUAUCGCAGCCACAGGCGCUUCCGAAAAGCACACACCCGGCAGGAAAAGGUGUAACCGCGUCGUCACCCAGGCAGUGGACCCGCUCUUGCAGUCCAUCUCCUCCGUGCUAGCCUCACUCGGUGAAAUCUCCGACGCCGAAGGCCGGCACGCCGUGAAGCUCGACCUCGAGAUCAUGGCGCUGCAGUUCAAGAAUCGCUUCUGCGACGGGCUGGUGAACCAGGACCUGCAGAGGGCUAUUGCCUCCCUCGAGGACGAUGCUGUCCGACUUCCUCGAAACGAGACCGAUGAUUCUGGGUACGAGUCUAUGGGAAACGACGAGGAGAAGAAGGCGGAGGAGGAGGGGAAGCCUAAGCAGACCGCAAAAAGAGUUGCCGCGCCCAAGGUUGAGUCGCCGUAUGCGGACUACACCCGAGCUCUGCAUAAACGCACCGAAAAGCCCAGAAUGCGAUCGAAUGCAGGUACGGGGCCAUGCAAGUUGGCCCUCCAACCAUCACGCGGUGAGGAAUCGCAUCGGCAGAAACAAAGCCAGGAGGAGCGGCUGCCACUCAGAAAGAGGUUCUCAUUUGAGAAGGGGGACGACGAAGUGGUAGAUCCCGGCCACGCAGUCGCAGCACUUCGGUCUCUUGUCGAAUCGGGAGAGGCCGAAGCAAUCAAGUCCGCAAUCGUGCCGAGCGUUCAUACCCGCUUUGGCCUUCAUGAGAGACUGCAGAGGAGAUCCUCUGUUGACGGAUCAGAGGUGAGAACCAAGGCAACAGAAAGCCCUCACGCGCUGUCGGCGAAGCAAAAUCGGCCCAAGUCGGCUGUGGCGGAAGAGGUAGGAUUAUGUCUGGAGGAGAAUGCCAUCGGUGGAGGAGAGGCGACGAUGCGAUCAUCGCAUGACCUGGGCCAAGAUCAAGCCCGCCCAGUCGCAGUGGCGUAA